CUUUCUUCUUUCUCUCCCAAUUUAUUCAAUUAAAAAAAUUUUCAAUCACCAUGGUCGAAAACAUGGAGACUACUUUCCAGGCUGCCAUCGACGCGGGCAAGAUCAAUGGAGCUGUUAUUUGUGCCACUGAUGCCGAAGGUGGCUUUGUCUACGAAAAGGCACUCGGUGAGCGCACUCUGCUUUCUGGUGAAAAGCAGCCGCAAAGACUUGACGACGUACUGUAUCUGGCCUCAGCGACCAAGUUGAUCACUACCAUCGCGGCUCUGCAGUGCGUAGAGGACGGCCUACUGACCCUAACCAGUGACCUGUCGUCCAUCGUACCCGAACUCACUUCCAAGCAAGUCAUCACUGGCUUUUCUGAUGACGGCAAAACUCCUUUGCUGGAGCCAGUAGUCCGUCCUAUCACGCUCGAGAUGCUUCUUACGCACAGCUCAGGUGUCACAUAUCAUUUUACGAACCCUCAUGUCGCCAGGUGGCGCGAGAAGUUCGGCACUCCUCCCCAAGAAGGCGAUUUCCGAUCGGUCGAGGAGCUGUUCAACUACCCGCUCGCAUUUCAACCCGGGACUAGCUGGAUGUACGGUCCUGGGCUCGACUGGGCUGGCCUCGUGGUAGAGCGGGUGUCUGGUCGCACACUAGGCCAAUUUAUGCAGCAGCGCAUCUUUGAUCCACUCGGCAUUUCCGACGGUCAGUUCUAUCCAGUUACGCGCGAAGACCUUCGCGCCCGCCUUGUCGACCUUAAUCCAAACGAUCCUGAAGCUCUGGGUCGUGCUGUGCUUGGUGGAGAAGGUGACAUGAACAAAGUCUGCCGCGGAGACUUUGGUGGUCAUGGUUUAUAUCUGCCAGGAGCCGACUACAUAAAGAUUCUGCACUCAAUACUGGCCAGCGAUGGGAAGCUCCUGAAACCAGCCACCGUAGAAGACAUGUUUCAACACCAUCUUAGUCCAGAGUCGACCGUGGCCCAUCAGACCGCGUUGGCCGGUCUCAUGGGGGUCUUCUUCCGUGUUGGCACCGAUCCUCAAACGAAGGCUGGCCACGGCCUAGGCGGUUUGCUGACGCUUCAGGAUGUCGAUGGUUGGUACGGCGAGCGAACACUGACCUGGGGCGGCGGCCUGACGUUCGCUUGGUUCAUCGAUCGUAAGAAUGGUCUAUGCGGUAUCGGUGCUGUUCAGGCUACACUCCCAACCGAUGGUGACACCGUAGCAAAGCUAAAGCAGGUCUUUCGUCGUGAUAUCUACCGAAAGCACGCCGCGUGGAAGGAGCAGAAGCAGGCUGUAUGAUGGUAAGAAAGUAGAGGACAAAAAAAAACUUGCAGGCAAUCAUCCGUACCGUUUGGUCAGUUGCUGCGCCAACGCUUCGCUCCUCAUACUGUUACAUAUCGUUACUUAUUUUUAGUACUCAAUUCACCUUCCGUCUAAGAUAUAUUUCUGAUCUUAUUUGUUUCAAUUUAUUGGCGGGAGUAGUGGUAUAAUAGACGAUUGAUGUUAUUCCCGGUGGCUCAUAUAAAGACUAUGACUUACAAAAAUAACCAGAUAAUGAUGCAGUUCUGCUCUGGUGACUGAACAUCCGA